GGAGCCAGGCGAGGGGCAGAGCGUCGCCGGAAGUCCGGCCCGUUUCCCACAAGGCGCCGCGGCUGGAGCUGGGAAGACGUGUCUCCGCGAUCGCCGGGCCCAGCGCGAGGGAUCGAGGGAGGAAUCGGGAUCCGCCAGGAUGGUGACGGACGUGCAGCUGGCCAUCUUCGCCAACAUGCUGGGCGUCUCGCUCUUCCUGCUGGUCGUCCUCUACCACUACGUGGCCGUCAACAACCCCAAGAAGCAGGAGUGACGACGCCCCGCGAGGGGAGGGCAGCGGGCGGAGGAGCAGCAGCAGCAGCGCCAGGACAGAAGAAGCCGCCGCCGCCAAGCAGGAAGCCAUGGCUGGAGCGACGCCCCCCACCCGACGCCCCCCCUGACGCUCUUCUUCCGGGUCCGCGCGGCCCCUGCAGAUGCUGGCAAUGACGCCCGCCGCUGGGUUUUGUUUUUUUUUCCAUUUUGUCAAACGAAAUUUAUUAAUAGAAACGUGUUCACAA